AAAGAUUUCAUUCAAAUUCAAAGUAAAAUAAAAUUCAAUAUUUUUGCGUGUCAGCUGAAAGUAUGGAAGAAGAGGACACAGAGGAGCUGAUGCUGGAUAAUCACUACCAAACGCUGCUCACACGUUAUGCGGAUUACUUCAAGGGUUUGGCCUUCGGUUCGGACCGCAUAAUCAUUGACAAAUGGCUGGAGGUCUUUGGGCAGGCGACCGCUGAAGAGAAGAUAGCCCGGAACGGGUUGAUGCUGCUGCUGCAGGGUCACCUCUCGGAGUUUGGUUUGCUCCAGGAACCCUUUACGGAUAUGCGAAGUUGUAGCAGGAAUUUGAACAGCGUUUUGGAUAGUUAUCAGGGCAUAGCGAUGGGGCAGGAGGCAGAGGUGCCGACAGAGUACACAGAGUUCUCAGAGGCCUCCUCGGAGCUGGGCUUCUCAGAUCCGCAGCCCUCCAGCGGCGUUACAGUGAACGGAAGUGGAAAUUUAACGCGGAAGAUAAAAUCCUUUGAGAGCAACGCUCAGCGCACACAUAUGACAGCCGCGCUGGACUCCAGUGAACAUUUGCAGAACUUUGGCAAGAAUGUGGCCAAGCGAACAACUUUCUACAGUCUGCCGCAGCUCAACGAAGGGGAGCCAACGCCGCAGAAAGCUUUCCUGAACGAAUACGCGUCUUUGUGUGAGCUGAAGCAGCGCUUCGAGGAAGUGGCCAAGCGGCUAGGAGUUGAGUCUGCACCGAGCCAGGUUGAGCAGAAACCAUCGGAAGGUGAGCGUCUCAAGGUGGCUGGGCACCAUCGAUCGGAGAUGGCUACAAACGAACCUGAAAGGGCACCCCAGCCAGAGGGUGUACACAGUCAGCGCAAGGAGGAAGCGCCAGCCCAACGGGCAGAAGAAGGCGCUGAGACUGUGAAGCUUGGCAAACAUGUGCGAUUCAUGGAUGUAGGGAGCUGCGAUGAGUGCUUCAAAGAUGCCACAACUGCAGAGGAACCAAGUCCAGGACUUCGACAGGCGGAACCACGAACCAAAGAUGCUGCAACCGAAUCGAUGCCAACUGAUGGGAUGCAGCUGCUAAGUAAAUGCCACAAGGAAGCAAGGUGCAAAGAUGCUGCAACGGAAUGGACACCAGACACAUCAAGCUUAAGCCCAUCACUGGAUGAUCGAAGGGAGCAGCGGAGUAAAUGCCACAAGGAACCGAAGUCUAAAGAUUCCACAACCCAAUGCACGCCAAGGGAAAGAACAGAAAGCUGCAGCUCUAAGGCUGCACUGGAUGUGCCAAGAAAGAUUCAGAGCAAGUCAGCCAAGGAAGCACGCUCCAAAGAUGCCUCAACGGAAUGUACACCACGUGAGGGACAACCGCUGGACGAUCAGCAGCAGAUCCAACAACCCCAAGCAGGCACUGAGCAAGGGGAAAGCACAGGCUCUGUGGCUGAAAAGCUACAAAUCCUCAUGGAUAGAAACGAAGAGCUGCGUCGUCAGUGCCUGAAGUACUACCACGAAGAUGGACGCUUGAGACGGAUCCCAGCCGCUGACGCGCAGCUCCAGCCUCAGCGACUGCCAGCCACAGAGGGUUUGAAACGUGGGCUACUGCGGGGCAUGCAGCGUCUCAGGCGCUGGAAUGGAGCACCACACAGCCUAAAGUUCUUCGCGGCUAUCUUCAGCCAGUGCGGCGUGCGCGUGGGACACAGGCAACUGCGCAGACUGGACCGGCAGCUGGAGCAGAUGGCCACCAGGUGGCUGCAGGAGCAGUUGCAACACAGACGGGAGCGUGUCUGGAGCCUCUAUCUACAGUCGGUGACGGCCAAGAGUGCGCCACAGCUCACGCCGCGGACAGCCAAGCAGCUGGAUGAGCUGUUCGAGAACCGCAAGGCAGUCUUGCUAGAGCAGAUGGAGCACACGGCGAAGCUGAAGGAGCUGUGGGUGGAGCAGUGUCUGGGCCGAAUACGAGACCAGCAGCUGCAGCAGGUGCUCGGCAAACUCGAUGAGAAGUACAUAAAACUCGUUAAGGGUCUGAAUAAACUCGUCCGACGGCAGGACAAGCUUUCGAGGCAUAACGCCAGGCUGCCCCGCUCACUAAUUAAUUUCAUUUAAACACCACCGGUGGCAGCGGGUUGCAGUUGAAGUUUGCAAUGCAACAAAAUAAAGAAACAAUCUACACGGUAAAGUGUAGUACUUUUUA